CCCGCCGCCUCCCAGUCGGGUUGCGGCGGAGGCCGGUCCUGGCUUUGUAGCUCGCUCAAGAUGGCGGCGCAGCCACCCAGCGGGAUCCGCCUCAGCGCGCUUUGUCCGAAGUUUUUACAUACAAACUCUACUAGUCACACUUGGCCAUUCAGUGCAGUUGCUGAAUUAAUAGAUAAUGCUUACGAUCCUGAUGUGAAUGCCAAACAGAUAUGGAUUGACAAAACAGUGAUAAAUGAGCGUAUAUGCUUGACAUUCACUGAUAAUGGGAAUGGUAUGACUUCAGAUAAAUUACAUAAAAUGCUGAGCUUUGGCUUCAGUGACAAAGUCACCAUGAAUGGUCAUGUCCCAGUUGGAUUGUAUGGGAAUGGCUUCAAGUCAGGUUCUAUGCGUUUGGGUAAAGAUGCAAUCGUUUUUACCAAAAAUGGAGAAAGCAUGAGCGUGGGCUUCUUGUCUCAGACCUACUUGGAAGUCAUAAAAGCAGAACAUGUUGUUGUCCCGAUAGUGGCAUUCAACAAGCACCGACAGAUGAUUAAUUUAGCAGAAUCAAAAGCAAGCCUUGCUGCAAUUCUGGAACAUUCUCUAUUUUCUACGGAACAGAAGUUACUGGCAGAACUUGAUGCUAUUAUGGGUAAGAAGGGGACGAGGAUCAUCAUUUGGAAUCUUAGAAGCUACAAAAAUGCAACAGAGUUUGAUUUUGACAAAGACAAAUAUGACAUCCGAAUUCCUGAGGACUUAGAUGAGACAACUGGGAGGAAGGGGUACAAGAAGCAAGAAAGGAUGGACCAGAUCGCCCCCGAAAGUGACUACUCCCUGAGGGCUUACUGCAGUAUCUUGUAUCUAAAGCCAAGAAUGCAGAUCAUCUUACGUGGACAGAAAGUGAAGACGCAGCUCGUUUCGAAGAGUCUUGCCUACAUCGAACGUGAUGUUUACCGGCCCAAAUUUUUAACUAAAACAGUGAGAAUUACUUUUGGAUUCAACUGCAGAAAUAAAGAUCAUUAUGGAAUAAUGAUGUAUCACAGAAAUAGACUCAUCAAAGCUUAUGAAAAAGUUGGAUGUCAGUUGAGGGCAAACAACAUGGGUGUUGGAGUAGUUGGAAUUAUAGAGUGUAAUUUCCUUAAGCCAACUCACAAUAAACAAGAUUUUGAUUACACCAAUGAGUACAGACUUACAAUAGCAGCGCUGGGAGAAAAACUGAAUGAUUACUGGAAUGAGAUGAAAGUGAAGAAGAAUGCAGAGUACCCUCUAAACUUGCCAGUUGAGGAUAUACAGAAAAGUCCUGAUCAGACAUGGGUUCAAUGUGAUUCCUGUCUAAAGUGGCGAAAAUUACCAGAUGGGAUUGAUCAGCUUCCAGAAAAAUGGUAUUGCUCCAAUAACCCUGACCCACAGUUCAGAAAUUGUGACGUUCCAGAAGAACCUGAAGAUGAGGAUUUGGUACAUCCCACUUACGAAAAAACCUACAAAAAGAACAACAAGGAAAAAUUCAGAAUCAGACAACCGGAAGUGAUCUCUCGGCAGAUCAAUACUGAACUGUUGUUUCGGACAACGCCAAUUUCAAGUCGAAGCUUUUCUCCUGCAAAGGAAAGUGUUCCAAGGGGGCAUCUUUCAGAAGCGACAAAUUCUUACACAACAAGGCUUAUAAAUAAUCAUCGUGUUUCACCCCUGUCUGAACCUGAGAGCAACAGCUUGAAACGGAGACUUCCUAUUCGCUCCUCAAUUUUGAAUGUUAAGAAUCGAAGAUUGAGUAAUCAAGCAUUUGAGAAUUCAGCUCCUAAGGCUGAUGAUGAUGAUGAAGAUGUCAUCAUCUUGGAAGAAAACAGCACUCCCAAACCCGCCGUAGACCAUGAUGUCGAAGUGAAGGCAGAACAGAGCCACACUGAACAGAGUCUCAUGGACAUUGAGCUCGUGUGUGGUGCUGAACUUUGUGGGCCGACCAGUUCAACGAGCAGCUCAUCAUCCAGAUGCGACCAGGGAACCACUGCAGCCACCCAGACCGAAGUUCCGAGUUUAGUUGUUAAGAAGGAGGAGAGUGUUGAACACGAGAUAGGGGUCAGAAACGACACGACAGUAGCCCCCUCCUGUGUAGAAGCUGAAGCUAAGGCACAAGAGACCCAGGAAGCUUUGGCUCCAUCGGCAGAGGAUGCUGGCUGCCAGCUGCAUGAACUGAGAAACGAGCUGCUUCUAGUCACCCAAGAGAGGGAAACUUACAAAAGACAGUGCCAGAUGUUCACUGACCAGAUCAAAGCGCUGCAAGAGAAGAUCCUAGAAAUGAGUGACAAAUAUGUGAAGAAGGAGACUUGCCAUCAGUCUACUGAGACAGAUGCUGUGUUUUUACUUGAAAGUAUUAAUGGCAAGUCCGAAAGCCCAGACCAUGUGAUGUCUCACUAUCAGCAAGCCUUGGAAGAAAUCGAAAGGCUGAAAAAGCAGUGUAGUGUUCUGCAACAUGUCAAGGCUGAAUGCAGUCACUGUUCGAGUAGUGAGAAUAAAAGUGAAAUGGACGAGAUGGCUGUGCAACUUGAUGAUGUAUUUAGACAGCUGGACAAGUGCAGUAUUGAGAGAGACCGGUUUAAAAGCGAGGUUGAAUUACUGGAAAUGGAAAAGUCACAAAUUCGUUCACAGUGUGAAGAACUCAAAACUGAAAUCGAUCAGCUAAAAUCUACUAAUCAACCAAUGGGAACAGAUGUUUCAACUUCAAGUAACAUUGACCAGUCUGUAAAUUACACGGAUGGGGAAAGCCUCAAACUUCGAUCUCUUCGCGUUAAUGUAGGACAGCUGCUGGCUAUGAUUGUGCCUGACCUUGAUCUUCAGCAAGUGAAUUACGAUGUUGAUGUGGUCGAUGAGAUUUUAGGACAAGUGGUUGAACAAAUGAGUGAGAUCAGUAGUACUUAAAAGUAUAAUUUAUGUGAGAUAAUAAACAUAUUUGCUCAAUUCUUUUGGUUGUACAGCUUUGAACAUUUAAACAGCUUUGUUUUAUAGAUAUGAUAGAUAACAGACUGUAUUCUAUGCAUUUAAAGUGGUCACAUAUGCUGUGGACACAUCCUACUUUCUGAAAUACUAUGAAAUGUUGGUAUUGAGUGGCUGAAUAGCUAAACUCAUGAUUCUGUUUUGAAUGUAAAUAUUUGUAAUUAAGUCAGCACAUAUUUUUUUAUUGCCCUAGAGUACUUAAUUGUUUUUCACCAAGAGCUUUUCAGGUUGCCUCUACGCUUUGUGCAAUUUUUUCUGGUUCCCCAGAGUGUAUUUUUCUCUGAACCGAGGGCUGUGCCAUAGUACAAAUGGAAAUGCUACCUUUGAUUUUCUUAUAACGGAGUUUAACUGGGGUUUUUAAAUAAUGUAAUAGCACUCCUGAUAAGACUCUGGUUACAAGCAAAUUGAGCAUUAAGUGUUUCUUUUCUAUAAAUUCUUACCUCCGGAAGUAUUUUAUUCGGGAAAAUACAAUAAGUGUGAACUGACUCCAUUUUGCCAGGAUUUUUCUUGUGCUGAAAUUGCUAAUCAUGAUUAAACACAAAGUGUUUUUAUAGAACAAAAAAAUGAUCUUUAGUAUAUAAAAAGAAUUGAAAAUAUUAAAUGACCACCAGGUUUACUUUGAAGCCCAUUUUUGGCUGUUUAGUCAGCAUGAAGUGGGCAUGAGAAUUAUUUAAUAUUUCUUUUUGUGAAAUUUCCUGUACAGCCUUUUGUAGGAUUACUACAGGUUAAUGUGUGUUGAGGAAGACAGUCUUUCUCAAACAGUACUACAUACCUUUUAUUAUAUUACGGACUUAUGUGUUUUAUAUCCUGGAGUUAAGGAACAACUGCCUAGGAUUAUAGUAUUACAUGCUAUAAAAUGUUAUGCUUUAUUGGUCCCAUGUUUUGUGCAAUUUUAUUAAGUAUGACUAUGUGUAUAUAAUUAAGAAACAUAUUUUCCACAACUAAAAUGUACAUUAUUUUUUCCAAAGUUUUAUCGUUGCUAUUUAUUUUUACUUUUGUUUCUAAACAUUCAAUACAUAUCAUUUGUAUGAAUGCUUAAUUACAUCUCUGUCAUCCACAAAGUUAAAUUUCUACUGUACAUUAGCUUCUGGAAAUAGCAAAUAAAUGAAGAUUCUUUUUAUUUGCUUGAUAAAGUAAUUGAAAUUGUAUUUUUGGUAUGAAGCUGGUUUUCUGUCGCAAUUAUAACUGCCCAGAUUUUAAAAUAUCUUGUAAUAAAAUAAAAAUAUAUGGUGGCUAACUCUUCAAUAAUACUUUUAAAGAAUUUAAUAAUAACUGAAAACUUAUCAACUAAACCCUCAAGGUGAGCUCAUUUUACUAUAUUAAUUACAUGGUACCUUUUGAAAACUGACAGCUGCCCCGAGUACGUUAAUGCUGGGCUCUUCCUGAGAGAGACGGACAGAUAGGGGUGUGUGUGUAUGUUCUGUGCUCAAGAACAAGUCUUUACUUAGUACAGAUCAUUUAAUCCACAGACACUCUGCCUAGAUAAGAGCAGCUAUUUUGUAAAGCUUUUAUAAGUUUUGUGAAUAUUUAAGUUUUAUAGCUUUUUUGGAGGGGUAGUUGGCCAUUUUUACCUUCGUUUUGGUCAGCUUCUGUAUUGUAAAACUGUAUUUUAUGAGGCUGUUAUCUGGCUUACUGGGAAACUCAGUCAUAGGAAUUCUAAGAGAAACUUACUUGCUAAAUUGAUUCUUCAAAAGUACUUACAUAUUUUUCACCCUCUAGAACAAUAUUGCCGGCCAGCGCUGGGGCUCAAUAGGCUAAUCCUCCACCUGCGGCACCGGCACACCGGGUUCUAGUCCCGGUCGGGGUGCCGGAUUCUGUCCCAGUUGCUGCUCUUCCAGUCCAGCUCUCUGCUAUGGCCAGGGUGUGCAGUGGAGGAUGGCCCAAGUGCUUGGGCCCUGCACCCCAUGGGAGACCAGGAGAAGCACCUGGCUCCUGGCUUCGGAUCAGCGCGAUGCGCCGGCCGCAGCGCACCAGCCGCAGCGGCCACUGGAGGGUGAACCAACAGCAAAGGAAGACCUUUCUCUCUGUUUCUCUCUCUCACUGUCCACUCUGCCUGUCAAAAAACAAAACAGAGCAAACAAACAAACACAAAAGAACAAUAUUGCCAAGAAAUGAGACAUUGAGAAUACAGCAAGUAAGAAAUUUUCCAGAACAACACUAUGGGUUUUUUCAUCUGCACUCUGUGGCAGUAGCCGUCCCAGCUAAGUUUGUGAAGGCUAGUCAGGGAGGGCGUUGUUGAGCAUUUAUUCUUUUAAAGCAGAGCAUGAGGAAAUACACAGACAGAUCUCCGAGUCUGUGGUCGGGACCUACUGUAGUCCCAAGGCCACAGAGUCACACAGCAGAGCAGUGUGACGGAUCUCUUUGUCCUUCCUGUGGGCCUCAAUUUUCCAGUGGGGCAGGGGUCAUUGGUGACACUGCCUGGGAUCUCAAAUGCUGGAUUCUUGCUUGGCACACAGCCCUCUUUACUUGGGUCAUAUUUGUCAUUCGAGAAUCAUUUAAGUGAUCUGUUCUGGUGGUUCUCAGCACUGGCUGUGUGUUAGUAUCACCUGGAGAGCUUUUACAAUUCCCAAGUGAGUCUGCACCCCAUAUAAUUAAGUCAGAGUCUUUGGGGAUUGGACCUAGAGACCAGUGUUUUCUUUUUGUAAGGCAUCCCGGGUUAAUGCCAGUGUAUUGUCACAGCUGAGAGCCAUCAGCCUGUAUGUUCUGCUGAAGAAUAUCUUACAAAUGUUGAAUUCCAGUGGUUCAUGAAACAAACUCAGGAUCUCAGUCUGGCCACAUUCUUCAAGCUGGGGCAAGCAGAAUGUUCCCCAGUUAGAAACAGAUGGAGCGGAAUGGGAUAAAAUGCAAAGACUUACUUUGCCCCUUUCCUCUAAAGGUAACCACGGUUGGUUUAUGUAUGUUCUUCCUGCAGGUACUGACCACAUACAUACACACCUUGGUCCACAUGUAUUCAAUAUAUAUUAAAUUGCAUCUGUAUCAGUUUAUGCAGAGGUGUUGUACCAUAUCAUUGGGAAUAUUUACAUAACAUGUUGUCGAAGUGCUUCAGUAAUAUUCUAUGCUAUGAGUGUGCUCCUAAUGUUUAUUAUUUCUCAUAUUUUGAUAUAUUAAAAAUUACUACUGUGAAAAUUAAUAAAUGCAAACCAUACAUACUUUCUCAGGUAUAUUCAGAGUGUAAAUUCUUUGCAGUGAAUAUAAGAAUGUAUGCUGAGUCCCUUUUAAUAGGGUUGUUGUCCAAAAAAUAUGGUAGGAAUUUAUACUCCCAGGAUAUAUGUUAUGAAUAAUAAAUGUAUGAGUG